AUGAUUUCUUCUAAAAAAGAAUAUGUCUUUGAGCCGUUUAAAGUAACUGAGGUAAAAUAUCGUGGAUCUACGAGCCCACGGCCCAGAAGUGGACACAGAAUAGCUUGUGAUGAUGUUAAUAUAUACUGUUUUGGCGGCUAUAACCCAUAUUUACCAUUCAACACAAUACAGAGGACCAACCCGACGUGGACGCCAGCAAUGCCAUUGUUUAAAGAGCUUUGGAGUUUCUCUAUAGCAACAAGAAAAUGGAAACAGCACAUAGCAAUAGAGAAUAUGCCUGAAGAAUUAGCUUCAAAUGCAAUGUGCAUGAAUGGAAAUUAUUUAAUGAUAUUUGGAGGUACUGGUGCUCCUUUUGGUACUAAAUGUAGUAAUGAUGUUAUAACUUGGCGUACUUGCAGUGGUGAUGCAAAACUACAAAUCCUAGAUGCUACGGGACCUAGACCUCCUGGACAGUAUGGACAAUCAAUAUUAUGUUAUGAUGGACACUUUUAUACGAUUGGAGGUACAAAUGGAUUUGCAUAUAACUGUGAUAUUUAUAGAUUAGAUUUGCGGACAAUGGUUUGGGAACCAGUUUAUAUAGGAACUGGACAAGAAGGGGAGCCUUUGGGCAGAUACCGGCAUGAGGUAGUUAGAGUUGGUAGCAAACUCUUCAUUAUAGGGGGUGGCACGGGCGAUUGGGCUUUUGAGCUCAUGGAAAUACCUAUGUAUGACCUUGAAACAAAUACAUGGACUAAAUUAAUACCAAAGGCAGAUGACACUACAAAAAAUACUGUAGCCCCAUUGGCAAGGAAAUGUCAUAGUGCAGUGCAAAUAAAGACUCCCAGUGGUGCUCAAGUGUUUGUUGCUGGUGGUACUGAUGGACAAGGAGUUUUUGAAGAUAUUUGGAGGCUAAACAUAUCUGAUAUGCAAUGGCAUUUAAUGCAAAAAAGUGUGCUUCCUCAUCCAUUAUACUUUCAUUCAUCAACAGUGACUUCUUAUGGUUGUAUGUAUGUGUUUGGCGGGAUAGAACCAAAAGACAAUGAAACUAGGAGAAAUAAUAAUCUAUACAAAGUUUGGCUGUGUAUACCUCAGUUAAGUGAAAUAUGUUGGGAUGCUUUGCUCAGUUUUCAUCCCAAUUUAGAUCAAGUUAAUAGAUCUUCUCUUCUUGAUGUGGGUAUACCGAGACAUUUGGUAGACAGAUUGCAUCCAAAA